AUGUUUAGCAGAAGAAUUGUGCAAAAAGCGCCGGGUUUUGCGGCCGUGUUGGGGAGACGCACCAAGGUGACGUUGCCAGACCUGGACUGGGACUUUGGGGCGCUGGAGCCUCACAUCUCGGGCCAGAUCAACGAGCUGCACUACUCGAAGCACCACCAGACGUACGUGAACGGAUUCAACGCGGCGACCGAGCAGUUCGGGGAGCUGACGGAGAAGCUGACCGGGGACGCGCAGCAGGACGCGCCACUAGCGCGCAAGCUGGCUGCGCUGCAGCAGAACAUCAAGUUCCACGGCGGCGGGUUCGCGAACCACUGUCUGUUCUGGAAGAACCUAGCGCCCGAGUCGCAGGGCGGCGGUGAAGCUCCCGCAGGCGCGCUAGGCAGACAAAUCGAGUCGCAAUUCGGCUCGCUGGACAAGCUCCAGGCGCUGACCAACGCAAAGCUGGCCGGCGUGCAGGGCUCCGGGUGGGCUUUCAUCGUCAAGAACGCGGAGAACGGCGGUCAGAUCGAGGUGGUGCAGACCUACAACCAGGACACCGUCUCGGGCCCUCUAACGCCACUCGUUGCUAUCGACGCCUGGGAGCACGCGUACUACUUGCAGUACCAGAACCGCAAGGCUGACUACUUCAAGGCGAUCUGGAACGUGAUCAACUGGAAGGAGGCCGAGCGCCGGUUCGACGCGGCCUAA